AUCACUUGAAGGAAAAUUACGUAUUGGUCUUGCCGAACAGACGAUUUUAAUAUCUUUGGCACAAUCGAUUGUGAUGAAAGAUCCUGCAUAUCAAGAGUUAUCUCAAGCGAAAAGAACGGAAGAAUUGACUGAAGCUUCAGAUAUUGUAAAGUCCGUUUAUAG